AUGGCGGCUGCUUCACCUUUGUUGCAGUACUCAACGGCAGAUGUUGUCGCUUCAAGUUCAUCAUCAACAUCACAAACUUUAAUUACUUCUCAGGCAACUUCCAACGUUAUACAGAUACAGGCUGUAGCAAAUAAUCAGUAUCAACCGUACUAUCUUCGGCCUGGUUAUCGCUUUAAAACAAAUUUGCAACCUGUACUGGAUAUCACUGAUGGUCCAGGGAGGCGAUUACGUAAAAAUGUGGCAAAUGUUAGGCGUCACAUCGAUUAUGUGGCUAAUGUGCUCAAUCAUUAUGAGGCACGGUUGUGGCAACGUGAUGUUCGCGAUCGUAUAGCUAUUCAGCCAGAUAUACUUUAUCAGAAUACAACAGUUCCACCAACUCCUUCAGACAAGACAAUUGAUUGUGUUCUCAAUAAAUUCGUGCGAGCUGCGAUGAACAAAGUGAAAUGUCCUAUUUACAGUAUAUGCUGGACACCAGAAGGUAAACGACUGGUCACGGGUGCAUCUACGGGCGAAUUUACUUUAUGGAAUGGUACUGCCUUCAAUUUCGAGACAAUUCUUCAGGCUCAUGAUACGGCUAUUCGGGCUCUUAAAUGGUCACAUAACGAUCAGUGGUUAGUGUCAGCAGAUCACGACGGUUUUGUGAAGUACUGGCAACCAAACAUGAAUAAUGUACAUAUGUAUCAGGCGCACAAGGAUGAACCUAUACGAUCUAUCAGUUUCGCACCAACAGAUGUUAAACUGGUAACUGCUUCUGAUGAUGGAACUGCUCGAAUUUGGGAUUUCGCUCGGUGUGUUGAAGAAAAAGUAUUACGUGGUCAUGGGUCUGAUGUACGUAGUGUCGACUGGCAUCCACGUAAAGGUUUGGUUUGUACAGGAUCGCGAGAUUCGCAACAACCAGUUAAACUAUGGGAUCCAAAAACAGGACUGUGUCUUGCAACUUUACACGAGCAUAAAAAUUCGGUGAUGGCUGUUCAAUGGAACAAAAAUGGAAACUGGUUAUUGACGGGGUCUCGGGACCACCUGAUCAAAAUGUAUGAUAUUAGGAUGAUGCGUGAAAUGCAUACGUACAGGGGCCAUAAAAAAGAAGUAACAGCACUGGCUUGGCAUCCCAUCCAUGAAAGUAUGUUUGUGAGUGGUGGUGGUGACGGAUCAUUGGCAUAUUGGCUUGUUAAUAAUGAAAAAGAACUGGGCUUUUUGGAGCAUGCGCAUGAUCAAGCCAUAUGGACGCUUGAGUGGCAUCCAUUAGGUCAUAUCCUUGCAUCAGGUUCUAAUGAUAAUAAUACAAAGUUCUGGGCACGAAAUCGUCCAGGUGACACGCAGGAUGAUAUAUAUGGGUUAACAUCAGUUUCUGGUUCGAUUCCAUCGUCACUGAAGGAAGCAAAAUCGGAAUCACAGGAAAAAAUGUCAAUUUCGGUCAUCCCAGGUAUGGGUUUGGAUGAUGAUGUGUUCCAAGGACUCCAGAAAAAAGAUGCACGAACAACUGUUGGAGGUCCACCGGUUGGGGGUCCUUUGCUUUUCCCGGAAGAUCCCAAUGCACGUCAACAGACUAUGAAUAUUGGUGCCAAGAGAACACUGAUUAAACAGCCUCCGCCUAAAAAAGCUCAGCGACAGUUUGAGCGUAUGUGGAAUGUUGCGAAACCAGGUGCUUCUGGAAAUGAUAGUUAUAAUGGUGAAGAGCCCGAUGAAAGUACAUUCCGGAGAUCUAAGGCGUCUUUACUUGGUCCACCACCACGUUCCUUGUUGUCUUCGAAGCAUGAUGGAGAAAAUCGAUCUCCCAGUCCUAGUAUGGAAAGAACUAAUAGAUGCAGCCAGAAGCGUGGAAAUAUAUCUGAUCAAGAUGCUGGUUCAGCAUCGGCGAAACUUCCAUCAUCUUUAUCAGUAACACCAAGUAUUUCAAAGUGGUCAAAUACAGCAGGCUCUCAGCCACCAGUAAUACAGCAAAUUGCUCCACAAGCUAGCAUCAUGGUACCAACAGUGCAGACAGCAUUGACAGCAGUUGCACAAAUGGGAGCUGCUGGUUUACCUCUGUCAGCACUGCCUAUGCCACCAACCAUUGGUCCACUUAUCUGGCCGCCACCACUUCCUUCCAAUUUUGUGCCUAAAUCUACUUCAUCCUUAUCAUCAACCCAAAAUCGAGAUGUGGAUUAUCGCACUAGCCCCACUUCGCUUCUGCCAGGUGGUCCAUGCACAUCUAACGAUAUAGAUUUAAGGAACCAGCAACCUUCAUCCUCAGGUCAAUCACAGAGUUGGCGAACAAAUACUCACCAAGAAAGCAAAUCAAUCGCUAGCACUGAUACAUCACUUGGUGCAUCUUCUGGAGGUGAUGUGCGACUACAUGACCCUCGAAUAAGAAGAGUUGGAUCUCAUGUAGCCAAUAAUGGUAAUGAUGAGAGAUCGGGGGGGGCAGCAUCUGGAGCUCAAGUACGUGAUCCUCGAAGAAGACCGCAACUUCGUGCGCAAACUGCGCAGAAACAGGACGAUGAGAUGAACAGUCAUCUCGAGAAGAGCGCAGUUCGUCGGCGUGGUUGGAUGCCAAAUAUGAAUGAAAUCGGAGAUGGCAGCGCAUCCAGUCAAUCUACUAUAACACAUGACACAAAAAGUACUACAAAUGAUUUCAAUGACCGGUUGCAACAGCACCCGCCUUUUGUACAGCAAGACUCUACAGGUGGACCUAUGCGACGAGUUAUAAACAGAGAUCGAGAUCGACGUGGUGCUUACUAG